AUGGCGCUCCGUGCUGAUAACGAUCUGCUGACAGCCCAGGCUGUUGACGGAAAUGAGUCUUCGCUACCCAUCUUCAAUGUCGAGCGAGUGCAGCUCAACUUCAACAUCGCUUCCAACUUCGUGGCUGGUCAGGUAGCGAACAAUGUACUUGUCCUAGCUCUAGCCACUAACCGCAUCCUCCGGAUCGACCUCGAGAACCCUUCUGACAUUGACGAUGUUGACCUUCCUCAGCCGUCCUCCAAGAUUGGUUUGAUACGGCGCAUGUUCCUGGACCCGACUGCCUCACACCUGAUCAUAUCUACCACCUUGGGCGAGAACUUUUACUUGCAUUCACAAGCCAAACAGCCCAAAGCACUAGGACGUCUCAAAGGAGUAUCGAUAGAGUGCAUAGCCUGGAAUAUAUCACAACCUACAGCUUCGACACGAGAAAUACUGAUUGGUGCCACGGAUGGUUCGAUCUGGGAGAUCUACGUCGAGCCUAGCACUGAAUUCUACAGACGUGAAGAGCGAUAUGGAACUCAGGUAUGGCGUUUACAAGAAGGACCUGUGACAGGAAUUUGGGCAGAUGCACUCAAGUCUGAUUCCAGAAGGGUCUUGAUCACCAGCCACAGCAAGAUUUACCACAUUACUGGGAAGGUCGCAUCUAAAGGAAGAGAAGGAUCGAGCAGCAUAUUUGCCGAGCUGUUCCAAAAGGAGGAGCCUGUCAUACAGUCUGCCCAAAGCCCUUCUACGAACGCGCCAUCAUCCCUGGCUAUAUCUCCGGAUCUACCUUCUACUGCAGUCCAGGACGAGAACUAUGCUAGACCGUUCGGCUGGCUGGGCUCGCAGGGUGUGCUUACUGGUGUCUUAGCCACAAAUCUCACAACCAACUCUCUAGGCAGCAAGAUGUUCAAGGACGCUAAAUUGCACCCGAGGUCGAUCUUUCCUGAGUCUUUGUCGGCAAGAGGUGGUAGAAAACUCAUCCAGGACCCUAUACAGUCCAUGACGUUGACACAAUGGCACGCAGUCGCCCUUGCUGAAGGUCGAAUUGUAGCCGUCAACAGGCUUACAGGUCAGAUCGUUUACGACCAAACUGUGCUCGAGCCAGGUCAGACUGUCGUUGGACUGGUCUCAGAUCAGAAGAAGAACACCUUCUGGCUAUUCACAUCCACCGAGAUCUUCGAGGUUGUAGCUACAGACGAAGAUAGAGAUGUGUGGAAGAUUAUGCUCCAGCAGCAGGACUAUGAUGCUGCACUCAGAUAUGCCAAGGGAGCCCUACAGAAAGACUCCGUUGCAAUGGCAUCUGGCGAUCACCUUUCAAGCAAAGGACAAUGGACCAAGGCAGCUUCAGUAUGGGGCAAGAGCAGCAAAGCUUUCGAAGAGGUCUGCUUGAAUCUGAUCGACUCUGGCCAGGACGAUGCACUUCGAAAGUACUUGGUGACGAAAUUGACAACGUACAAGAAGUCUUCUGUGAUGCAGAGGGUUAUGAUUUCUACCUGGCUGAUACAGAUCUUCAUGGCGAAGUUGAAUUCUCUCGACGAUAUGGUCGCGACCAAAGCAGAAUUGAUGGAGAAUACAGAUACUAAGGGCGCCAAAGAUGAACUGCAAAAGAUUCGGCAGGAGUUUCAGGACUUUGUGACCAAACAGAAGCAAGAUCUUGAUGCCAAGACAGUCUACGAGAUUAUCUCAUCGCACGAUAGGGAGGAAGAGCUCCUCUAUUUUGCCAACACGAUCACCGACUAUGAGUACGUCUUAACGUACUGGAUCCAGCGAGAACGUUGGACUGAAGCACUAUCUGUGCUCAACAAGCAGUCGAAUCCAGAGACAUUCUACAGAUAUAGCAACGUGUUAAUGACACACGCUCCUGUCGGUCUGGUCGAGAUCCUUACCAGAAGAAGCAAUGUUGAACCACACAAGAUGAUCCCAGCUCUGCUAAGUUACAACGAGAUUGCUCUUGCGAACAAUACACCUCUGAAAGACAACCAGGCAAUUCGUUACCUGAACUUCGUUGUCAACAACUACCCUGAAGCGCCAUCCUCGAUUCACAACACCCUGAUUUCGUUCCUUGCAACACUACCCAGCACUUCGGAAACAACACUUCUAUCCUAUCUCGAAUCCCAGCCGGCACCACCACUCUUCGAUGCAGACUUCGCGUUGCGUCUUUGCACUCAACACAACCGCAUCCAAUCGGCGAUUCAUAUCUACUCAGUGAUCCUAAAUCAACCCCUCGCCGCGGUAUCCCUAGCUCUCGAACACAAAGACAUCGACCUCGCCGCUCUAGUCGCCGACCGCGUCGACCCAACCCCAACAAACCGCCAACUCCGCAAACACCUCUGGCUCAUGAUCGCCGAGCAAAAGAUCCGUCAACCUGGCUCAAGCAUAAAAUCCGCCAUCGAAUUCCUCAAACGCAGCCCCAACAGCUCCGAGCUCCUCAAGAUAGAAGACCUGAUCCAAUUCUUCCCCGAUUUCGUCGUCAUCGACGACUUCAAAGAGGAGAUUUGUCAGGCACUAGAAGCAUACAGCCGCCACAUCGACAGUCUCAAGUCGGAAAUGGACCAGUCAGAGGCCACUGCGAAAUCCAUCCGUGACGAGAUUGAUACUCUGGACUCACGAUACGCGAUUGUCGAGCCCGGCGAGCGCUGCUGGAUAUGUACGCUACCUGUCCUGAGUCGACAAUUCUUCGUCUUCCCCUGUCAACACGCCUUUCACAGCGAUUGUCUGGGGAAGAGGGUGCUUGAGAAUUGUAGCCAGACGAAGAGGAAGAAUAUCAAGGAUUUGCAGGGAAAGGUUACUCAGGGGAUGGGCGUGGGUGUGCAGAGGCAGAAGUGGAUCAGGGAGUUGGAUGGGAUUGUGGGGGAGCAAUGUGUGCUUUGUGGGGAUUUGGGGAUCAAGGGUGUGGAUGAGCCGUUUGUCAGGGAGGGGGAGGGGAGGGGAGAGUGGGAUGUUUGA